AGAUGUAUGACUUCCAUGCAAACUGGUACCCAAAUGAUCAAACUCCGUGGCAGUUCCAAAGGUUUGGUCCGCUUCUAUUACUUGGAUGAGCACAAGUCAUGUAUUCGCUGGAGACCCUCUCGAAAGAAUGAGAAAGCUAAAAUUUCGAUCGACUCUAUUCAGGAGGUUUGCGAGGGGAAGCAAUCAGAGAUCUUUCAACGCUAUGCCGAUGGCAGUUUUGAUCCCAACUGCUGCUUCAGCAUCUACUAUGGAGACCACAUGGAAUCUCUUGACCUUGUAUCUUCCAGUGGAGAGGAAGCACGCACCUGGAUCACAGGGCUAAAAUAUCUGAUGGCAGGGAUAAGUGAUGAAGACAGCCUCUCAAAACGCCAAAGGACCAGAGACCAGUGGUUGAAGCAGACAUUUGAUGAGGCAGAUAAAAAUGGUGAUGGCAGUCUCAGUAUUAGUGAAGUGCUCCAGCUAAUGCACAAACUGAAUGUGAACCUACCCCGACAAAAAGUCAAGCAAAUGUUUAAGGAGGCUGAUACAGAUGAUCACCAGGGCACGCUGGGCUUUGACGAGUUCUGCACCUUCUAUAAGAUGAUGUCAACACGACGUGAUUUGUACCUGUUAAUGCUCACCUACAGCAACCACAAGGACUAUCUAGAUACAGAUGACCUGAGACGCUUUCUGGAGAUUGAACAGAAGAUGACGAAUGUGACUAAAGAACACUGCCUGGAAAUCAUCAGCAAGUUUGAACCAUGCCUGGAGAACAAGAAGGAGGAAGCUUUGGGGAUUGAUGGUUUCACCAAUUACAUGCGGAGUCCGUCAGGGGACAUAUUCAACCCAGAACACUACCAAGUGAAUCAGGACAUGAGUUAUCCUUUGAGUCACUAUUUCAUUACCUCUUCACAUAAUACCUACCUCAUGGGAGAUCAACUGAUGUCCCAGUCUAGGGUGGACAUGUAUGCAUGGGUGCUACAAUCUGGCUGUCGUUGCGUAGAAGUUGACUGCUGGGAUGGGCCGGACGGUGAACCAAUUGUCCACCAUGGAUACACUUUGACUUCCAAAAUCCUCUUCAAAGAUGUGAUUGAAACUAUCAACAAAUACGCCUUUAUCAAGAAUGAGUACCCUGUUAUCUUGUCAAUUGAGAACCAUUGCAGUGUCAUUCAGCAGAAGAAGAUGGCUCAGUAUCUUAUAGAAAUUCUGGGAGACAAACUGGAUCUGUCUUCUGUGCACAGUGAUGAUUCUACCAAGCUCCCUUCACCAGCAAGCCUUAAAGGGAAGAUACUGGUUAAGGGCAAGAAACUUCCAGCCAACAUCAGUGACGAUGCAGAGGAAGGUGAAGUUUCUGAUGAGGACAGUGCUGAUGAGAUUGAUGAUGAUUGUAAACUAAUGAAUGGAGAUGCAUCUGCUAAUAGGAAAAGAGUGGAGAAUAUAGCAAAGAAAAAACUUGACUCACUGCUAAAAGAAUCCAAAAUCCGGGACUGUGAAGAUCCAAACAAUUUUACGGUUACCACUCUACCAUCAUCAGGAAAGACUGGUCUAAAACCAGAUAGUAAGAAGAAUAAACUUGAGGAUGAUGUGGAAUCUGGGGAAGACUUCAGUACCAACAAAAGGCACAGCCGGUCAUUGAUGGGCAGCUUUUCUAAACGCAAGAAAAAAGGAAGCAAAUUGAAAAAGGCAACAAGUCUGGAAGAAGGUGAAGAUGAUUCAGAUUCCCAAGGAAAUUUAUCCAGGAGCUCUGCACAUUACAGCAGGAUAAAUCGACAGAAGAAAACAAUGAAGCUGUCCAGAGCACUCUCUGACCUGGUGAAAUACACAAAGUCUGUUGGCAUCCAUGAUGUUGAAACUGAAAUCUCUUCCAGCUGGCAGGUUUCAUCUUUCAGUGAAACAAAAGCCCACCAGAUACUGCAGCAAAAGCCAGCUCAGUAUCUACGUUUCAACCAGCAUCAGUUGUCCCGCAUUUACCCAUCUUCUUAUCGUGUGGACUCUAGCAACUACAAUCCUCAGCCAUUCUGGAACGCUGGCUGCCAACUUGUUGCACUAAACUACCAGUCAGAGGGGAGAAUGCUGCAACUGAACCGGGCCAAAUUUAGUGCCAAUGGGAAUUGUGGUUAUGUCCUCAAACCAAACUGCAUGUGUCAAGGUGUCUUUAACCCAAAUUCUGAAGACCCACUGCCUGGUCAAUUGAAGAAACAGCUGGUUCUAAGAAUUAUCAGUGGUCAACAACUCCCAAAACCACGUGAUUCCAUGUUGGGAGACAGAGGAGAGAUCAUAGAUCCUUUUGUUGAAGUAGAAGUUAUAGGCUUACCUGUUGAUUGCUUCAAAGAACAAACUAGAGUAGUUGACGAUAAUGGUUUUAAUCCAAUGUGGGAGGAAACGUUGGUGUUCACAGUACACAUGCCAGAGAUUGCACUGAUUCGGUUCCUUGUGUGGGAUCAUGAUCCAAUUGGGCGCGAUUUUAUUGGACAGAGAACAAUAGCUUUCAGCAGUAUGAUGCCAGGUUACCGACACGUGUACCUGGAAGGUAUAGAAGAGGCAUCCAUCUUUGUUCAUGUGGCUAUUAAUGAUAUCUGUGGUAAGGCCAAACAAGCUCUAGGUCUAAAAGGCCUCUUUCUCAGAAAUCCAAAGCAGGCCUCUCUGGACAGUCAUGCUGCUGGUCAGCUCCAUCGCAAACAUUCCUUUAGCAGCCACAUCUUGAGACGGACAGCCAGUGCACCCACCAAAAGCCAGAAGAAGAACAAGAAGGGCUUUCCUGAAAUUGCUUUUGACACAAAAGACAACAGUUCUGAAGGGGCCGGUGAAGACUGUGAAGUGGAAGCUGCCUCACAGCCUCGCUUUGAGCAAGAGCCAGAAAGUCCCUCUCUGUCACCAGCUCCCCGAGAUGGUGCCAGUGAGGAGGUACACGGCAAGGCAUUGAAAGGUAAGGCCCAUGGUUCUCGUAAAGCCAAAAGCCAAGGGGCUCAAGGGGGUGCUGCUUUCAGUGAACCCAUACAGAGGUCUAACAGGGUCCGGCUUCAGGAGCACCAGAGCGAGAAGCAAAGCGUCUUCGCACGCUGUGCCAUCAACAGCUCUGGUAGGAUUGGAGUGGCCACCAAUUGCAUGAAAUGCAUGAUUGGUUCCAAAGAAAGCCCAGAUCUAGAAUGCAAGUGGAGUGAUCAUCCUACCAGGCCUAUUGCUAAAGAUAUCCUUCACCAUGAUCAGUAUAGCAGUAUAACUGGAGAAGAGAGGUUAGAGCUAAAAAACUGGGGUGUUAAAGGUCAGCCCAGGCGGCAAUCAGAUUUGCAGUCUUGCAGCAGCCCUGGAACUGCCGAUGAUCUAACAAGGAGCACCCAGUCUUUUGUGACCCCAGGGAAGAAAAAUGGUGAAUCUAAAUGUCACGGAAUAAAGGCUCAUUCCCGGCAGCGGUGGCAGUGCCAAUCAGGUGGCAAGUAUGGAAGCACUGUCAACUUGGUUGCAGCCAGCAAUGGCUGUAUAUCCUCCAACUCCAGCAGUCUAGAAAGCCUUGGAAGCCCAGAAUUCCCCAAGCGCUGGUCUGAAACUUCUCGAAGGCAAGUGGGCACCCUACAGAGGGAAAUGAACGCCUUGUUUGUUCAAAAAUUGGAGGAAAUUCGAAGUAAAUCCCCUAUAUUCUUUACUGUUUUUGUCUGGCUCAGUGGUGCUUUGCUAGUUCUUGAAUGCAUGUUUGCAUUGUGGUUUGGAGAUGUGGAAAACAGUCUUUCUGGCAUGAUUGUUUUGGCUCUUAGGGUACAGGUUAUAAACAUCGCAGACAGAUCGAGCAUUUUCUUCAGCCUAGAAACUAUCACUGAAGAGCCUGUUAUUGCCAAUGAAAACCAUCAUGCCAGCCUUUUCUUCCCUCUACCCAUUACUCCUUACAGUGACUCUGAAGAAGGGUCUGUGUCUGAUCAUUCCACCGAAUCUCGAUCAGAAGUAAGCAGCACAUCCAACCAGCCUCAAGAAUCUCUACUAACUAGAGAACAAAGAACAAAUCUGGCUGCAGAAGACCAAGUGGAGGUUGUCACAAGAGCAGCUGACACAAGUUCAGUAGUCCAAGAAGAUGAGAGAACAAGCACGGCAGGACGUCUCAAAGAAGAAAAUGGUUGGACACAGGCAUGCAGUAAACCUGAAGAUCAGUAUGCAUUGGCAGUGCACCCUCAAAAAGCCUGGCUGGUAGUGGCAGCAGGUAAGACUGCUGGCCAACCUGUUGAAAACUGCCAGAAGCAAAAUGACCAACCAGGUCAGGUAUUAACAGACAUGAAAAGCACCAUUGAAUCCAAAGGGCAAAAACUGGGUGCAGCAGCUGUUCUACUGCAGCGAAACAAUGGGAUUAACAGCACACAGACAACUUUGCCUCCAGAUACUUUCCAGAAAGCCCAGGCUGCACAGGCUCUACCUGUUUGUGUUUCUCAGACGAGCUCUUGCAUGUUAGUAAGAAGGUCAAAGACUGAAGGACUGAAGAUGCCAGACUCCUCAGCCUUAAUAAAAAUUCCAAGUAGCCUGUCUCCAGCAGCAGAAGUAUAUUUUGAUGCCACUGUUAAUGACCGGAUCUGGAGCAAGCUAGAUUGCAGCAAUCAUCGUGACAGCAUGUCUUCCUCUUCCAGCAUGUCCUCCAAUGACACUGUGAUAGAUCUCUCUCUACCCAAUCUAGCUCGCAAAAGCCUCCCAGAUCUUGGGAUCCGUCACGAAAACUUUGAGCCACUUGCCAUCAGAAAGGGUAUGCGCCCACGAUCUGCUACAACAUCCAGUAACGACAUGCCAGCGGUGAGCAAGAGCAAAUCCAAUCCCAACCUGAGGUCUGGCCAGCUGCCAGCAGAUGAAUUGUGCCCUCGUCCUCUUGCCAGGAGCCCUCAAGACGCAUUUUCAUCCAUUCCUAGAAGGCAUACCUGGAGCAGGCUGUACAUAGAAAGUCUCAAACAGUCUUCUAACAAAUCCAAAGCACAUGAUAUGAUUGGGAAUAACCAGGCAAAAUCCAAGAGUCUUGGAGACCUUACCUCUGAUGAUAUUGUGUGCACUUUUGAAAGCAAGUACCGUAGCAUCAGCAGGAGUUUUGUCACUCGAUCAAUGCGGGAGCAGCGCCGCUCUUCAGGCCUGAGAUCCUCAGUCAAAUCCCAGGAUGAACUAACUGAGCAGCUAAAGAAGCUGACAGCCUUUCAGCAAAUCACUUCCCCCAUCAGUCUUGAUCCAACUGAAUCUGAAGAGGAAGGGGAGAGCCUGGGACUCCUUCGCAGGUCUUCAUCUCGGAGUCAGAGUCGGGUGCGGUACAUUGCCAACAGGGCUAAGCAAGCUCAGGAGAGACAGCGGCUGCAAAGCCUAGGCCAGCUCAGUGGGAGUCCCAUUGAGGAGAGAGGAAAUCCAGAGGGAGCCUGCAGCGUUGCAAAAGCAGUUUGUAUGGAUAUAGCUUCUCCUGCCAUGUUUACAUCCCAGCCUAAGAACCAAACUGAUUAUAACACUGACACAGAAGUCUUCUUUAUGUUGAAACUGUAAUUCUGGGGAGCACUGAACAAGGCAAUGUUUACAUUCCUGUCAAAACAAAACAUAGCAACCUGAGAGGCAGAAAAUAUCCUCAUAUGGUUUAGUGCUUCCUGGCCUUCCCUUGAUUGUAAGGGUACUUAAUAUCAUGACUCCAAAAGAAUAGAUGAGUGUUAAA